GUGCAAUAAGUUCGUGUUUUGAAUAAUAACAAAAAAGUCUAAAAUUUGUCAUUGUCGAUGAAAUUUUAAGUGGAUUAUUCUAUAAAGAUUGUAACACAAGUUGGCCAAGCUUCUUGCUUGGCUUAUUAUUUUAGCAAAAUAUCCAAAUCUGUGAAAAUUAAUUAAUCAUGAAAUUUCUAUAUGCAGUGCUCAUUUUAUUUCUGAUUUUUCCAAGUUUGAUCUAUGGCCGUUCCAACGGAGGAGAUAUAAUCGAUAUUACGGACAUUGUUUUUGGUUCUAUGACAGAUACUAUACCGGCUGCCUACGGAGACUUCAACUCUGAUGAGCUGUUUGAUGUUUUUGUACUUCGAAACAACUUCCGGACAAUCCAAAUACUUUUCGGAAGUGAUGAUAAACCAUUAUUACAACCGGGUCCAAAAUGCGAUUACAAAAACUUGCAUAUUACUAGUGUAAUUCCUGGUGAUUUUGACGGAGACGCCUACAUGGACGUGUUAUUUACUGUUCGAAGGGAAAAACACGAAGAAAAUGCCGUUUUCAUAAACUGGGGAGGUUCCGAGUACAUGAAUUGCACCCAAGAGGAUGAAGAACCAUUAAUCAUCAUGAAAGGCCAACCGUUAGCUUUGGAUUAUGAUAAGGAUUUUAUAAUCGAUUUAUUUGGUAUGAACCUUAAAGGAGAACGAAUGUUUUGGAUCUUCAAGAAGCCGAAGGAUGGCCAUCGAAGACCGGUGGAUGUAAUCAAAAUGGAUGAUAAAUUUGGAGUCGAGCUGAGAGUUCCUCAUUCUCAUGCUUUCAUUGAUUUGGAUAAAGAUUUUAUGGCAGAUCUUUACCUAGCCACUACAAAAGGCUACGAAUUUUGGAAAGGUACUGAAACAGACGGUUUUGUUUAUUCCCAUCAAAUAGAUCUGCCUGUGGGAAAGUAUGAAACACACGUUGGACAAUCAAUUUUCCUAGACAUAGAACUUGAUGGUCGUCUCUUGCAAAUAGUUCCAAUGUGCUUUGACAAAAAAUGUACCAAUUCCAGUAUUCUAGUUUACCAUGGAAGUCACUCACAUAAUCUUCAAAUUGACUUCAAAGACGAUCACGGGGAUUCCUGGACGUUCAUUCCACCUGAUCCUUCUAACUGGGCCACCGAAGUCAUUUCACUUCGAGGCGGAGAUUUUAAUCUCGACGGUUAUCCAGACCUUUUAGCAACCCUCAUGAAAUCUGGCCAGAUGCAAACCUUUUUACUGGAGAAUGUUGCUUGUCAGAAGCCAUCCUGUGAUCACAUGAAACGAACAUUUAUAGUGCGUUGGAAAGCUCUGACGCCAUUUGCGAACGGAACCAUCAUGGGUUCUUUCUACGAUUUUUACAAUGACGGAAUUUUAGAUGCAAUAUUUGUAGAAACAGCUGGAAACACAACUCGGCCAGUAGCCUUCAGAAACUCAUUAGAUUACGAUGCUAAUUUUGUUAAAGUCAUUGUACUGACUGGGCUGGUGAAUCGAAGCGGGCCGAAACAACUAACCCCGUUGGGACGUAAAAAAAGGACUUAUGGAACCAAUCUACCUGGACCUCAUAUCGAAUACAAUACUACUACACAGGAUGGAGACCCACAACAUGGUGCUUCUGCUCAACUACCCCAAUCGGCUUAUUUCUCAUUGCAUCUUCCUUAUACAACAUUCGGCCUAGGACGGACUCCAAACUUUGUAGAUUCUCUGACCGUUGGUCUAUCAAACCAUUCGCGGACCUGGACUCAGCUAAUUCCUAACUCUCAGAUGAUAGUAGUCCCCCGACCGAUAGAUGAAGUUGAAAAAUGGAAAGCGCAAUUGUUUGUCACUCCUAGCAAAUUAAUCCUGAUGAGUGUAGUGGCUUUAGGAGGAAUCUGCUUAGUGAUUCUUUUAUUAAUAUUGAUAUUAUACGCUAAAGAAAAACGAGAGGAUAGAAUACAAAAAUCGUUGGAAGCACACCGAUUCCACUUCGAUGCGAUGUGAGUUAUGGAAAUGUUUCGGAAAAUCUCACCAUUGAAAAGAUUUAUAUUAUGCGAUGUUUGAAUUUUGACUGUAUUGUUUAACCCCAUUGCUUAAGUGCUUUUUAUAAAUAGCUUUCGUGUUAUUAUUCUGAUAAUUUCCAUACAUGAUUAAAUUAUUUGUUAUGAAUUACGAAGAUAAUGCUAACGAUCGGUAAGCUUUUUUUUUCUGAGCAUUCUUAGAUUAUUAUAGUAAUACCUACGUGAAAUAAAUAAAGUUUAGUCAAAAUUUUCCUGUCAAAUGCAG